CAAAUUGCUGCCUAGAAUCGAGAUCAACUAGUAUCCAACAGUAUCCACAGCAACAAAUAUAGAUUGUUUGUAUAUCUGUUGCAGCCACUACAUUCUAAAUACAAAUCACUCAAGAUCACACACAAGUCUUAACUUCAGCUCCCAACUCUCUGUCCCAAUUGUUUUCUAAGCAAUUCCUUCCACCCACCAUGCCAACCCUCAAAUCCACCGCCGCUCUCCUCGUCUUCGCCCUUGCCCUAGGCCCAGCAGCCCAGCCCAUCACACAAGCCACUAUGAAAAACAACACCAAUGACGAGACCACAUGCGCCGUCUUCAACUGGGACCGCCAAUCCGUCUCCUGGGACGAAUAUCCACCAAAACGUGUCAGCGCAGCCUUCAACUGCCCCAACACCACUACAACCACGAGUAACAACACCAACGCCUGCGAGAUCACGGGGACGGGGGGAUACGGCACCUACUACGCAGUGACGAACCUCACCGGCCUUGCCGCGGGUCCCCUGACGGCCCUAGUCCAGAAGGCGGUCGAUAAGAAACAACUACAGACAAGCAAUUUCAGCGCCCAAGCCACAGUCUAUGAGGGGGUGGCCCGCACGCCCCUCGCGCCAGGCCAGUCGGCGUACGCUGUCGAGAUCGGCCGCAGCUACUGCUUCACGGGGACAGUUUCUAGCUGCACGGGCGGCGACCACCAGAUCGCCGACGACACGCCCGUGCAGGUGUGCUCACCCCUGUGGCAGUAUGUCCGCACGGUCGGGAACGUGAUCGUGGCCUACGGCGGAAUAGUGAAUGUGACUCGGGAGCAGGCCGCCAACUUGACCGAUCCGUUUGCCGGUCAGAACGUGACGCUGCCGAACGGGGCGGCGAGGGGGUUGGUCGUCGCGGGGAAUGGGUGGUUGACCGGGCUGGUGGUUGCGGUUGCAGUGGCUCUGAUGGUUUAAUGUCCUUUUGUGUAUGUUCGGAUCUAUGAUCUUGUUUUGUGAGUUAUGAGAUAAUGUGCUUAUGACUAGUCUAUAGUGGAUCCGCAAGUCUGCCAGCUUACGAUACAGUUGAUUUUGUUAUUUGUUCUUUGUAAAUGUGAUGAUCGAGAGAACUUGUCUUCUUGCCUUUUCCUGUUUCCGUCUUUUUGUCUUUUGUUUUUCUAUUUUUUUUUUCUUUGUUUCUUUUGGAUCUCUUCUCUAUCUUGGCACGGUGGUGGGAUUUGUAGGAAUAGAAAUGAACACAACGCUCAGGGUUGUAUACUUCUAUAUGUAUAGCUGCCCUGAAAAUGUCCCUAGCUUUUACCAGAAAACAACUUAUAGUAUACUGUACAAUACCAAAC